GUAUUUAAAAAAUUUAUGCACAGGAAAAAAAAAAUGACUGAAGUUCCAAAUAAAGUAGCAAAAUUAAAUCAUGAAGACAAAGAAGAACGUUUUGUAGAUACAGAAUAUCAAGACAUAGUCGAACAAAUAGAUGGUGUUCAAAAUCAGAUAGAUGCUCUAAAUGAACAAGCUUCAGAAGAAAUAUUACAAGUUGAACAAAAAUAUAACAAUCUUAGAAAACCUUUUUUUUCCAGUCGAGCAGAUCUUAUAAGUAAAAUUCCAAAGUUCUGGGUUACUGUCUUUGUAAAUCAUCCACAGAUUUCAGCUUUAUUAGACGAAGAAGAUGAAGAGGCAUUACAUUAUUUAUUUUCUGUUGAAGUAGAAGAAUUUGAAGAUAUAAAAUCAGGAUAUAAAAUAAAAUUUCAUUUCACAGAAAAUCCUUAUUUUGAUAACGAUGUUUUGUGCAAAGAAUUCAUGCUUAGUGAUACAGGUGAACAAACCUGUAAAUCGACCUCUAUAUCAUGGAAAGAAAAUAUGGAUCUAACUAAACGCUCUGAUCAGAGUGUUAAACCAGGGCAAAAGCGUCAUGUUGAAGAGCCAGAGAGUUUUUUUUCGUGGUUUAAUGAUCAGUCUGAGGGUGGAAAUGACGAAGUAGGAGAUCUAAUAAAAGAUGACAUAUGGCCUAAUCCACUCCAGUAUUACCUUGGUGUAGGAAAUGAUGGUGAAGAUGACGACGAUGAAGAAAAUGUAGUUUUAAUUGAAGAUGAAGAAGAUGAUGGAGAUGAAGAGGAAGAUUUAGAUGAACUUGAUGAAGAAGGUGAAUUUGAUGGUGAAGAUGAUGAUGAUCAGGAUCAAUUGGCUGGCGAAGAUGUAAACUCCGAUGAUAAAUAACAGUUGGAAGUAGUUCAUGGAUCAACAUUAUUUACAGCUCGGUAGCAUGCCUCAAGUUCAACAGUAUCUUUCUGAAGAAAUGCAACGAAUAGCACUGACGAUUUUCUUCUGUAUUUCUAUUCCGCGUUUUUAAUAUAAAUUUAUUUAAAGAACGUUAACUUUGCCCAUUUUUAUUAAUAUGGAUUCCUAUAUGAGCAAUAAAAUCUGUUUUACGUUCAA